AAAAAAACGAAAAAAAAAAGAAAAUAUCCCCUGUUCCUCCUAAACGCUGUUCUUUUACAGCAACAUCAUCAUCAUCUAUCUCUCUUGCGAAGAAUCUAGGGUUUUGGAAUAGUGAAUCUUUACCACCUAAGUUUAGGAGACAAUGUCAUAUUUCUAAUUUCCAUUACCAAAGAAGGGGCAAAGUAAUCUUCCAGUAGUAUGGCAACUGAGAGUCCAAUUAGAAUCUCAGAAGCUGGGGGUAAAUGGCCCUCUCUUAAGGAAGCUGCAACUUUUGGUUCACCAUCUCAUGACAUGGUGACAGAGGAUUUGGGUAUACUUUUGAAGGGCCAUAGGUUCCACGGCAUUGGAAAGGAUGUGGCACCCAAUCGCAGUGGCAGUGCACCUCCCAGCAUGGAAGGCUCAUUUCUGGCCAUUGAAAACCUAUUACCCCAACAUAACAGCACCCAGAAUGCAAGCUUGGCAACUCUAAGCAGGGCUAUGCAAAAAUGUGAUUCUGAAGAACAAUUACGAGCUGAUCCAGCUUACUUGGCAUAUUACAGUUCCAAUGUCAACCUAAACCCUAGACUUCCUCCCCCGCUAACCUCCUGGGAAAAUCGCCAUCUAGGACGUCAUAUUGGUAGUUUUAGCAAUAAUUGGGGAUUGUCUUCUGCAGAUGAUAGCAGUAAAAGUUCUUUACAUUUUCCACAAGGAACUCUUUCAACACACAAGGAGGAGUCUGAAGAUGAUUCACCCCAACAGCCAUAUGAUAACGAAAUAGUUAAGACAAGUGGAAUAUGGCGUAGAUCAGAUGUAGCUUCAUUGUCAUCUCAGCACAAAAAUGUGGUUGAUUUAAUUCAGGAAGAUUUUCCUCGCACCAUGUCACCUGUAUAUAAUAAGUCUCUUUCUGUAAGUCAUGGAGUCGUGGAUAAAGCACUUGACUUAGAAGCCGGUCCUAGUUCUUCUCAUGACCCCCCUGUUACUACAGUAGAGGCUGCUGAACCUACUAUAGGUGCCAAUGAUCUAAGGGUAUCAUCAAGUUUUGAUACCCACACCCCUGUUGCGAGCUCAUCAUCUCUUGAAUCCACAGGCAGCGUGGGUUUUAGUGAUUUAGAUGUUACAACUAUUGAGUCUCAACUAAAGGCUCUUAAUGUAUCUAAUCUGCCAAAUUCAGCAAGCCUGAGUUACGAAGAAAAAUGGACGACCAGCUACCAGAACAAUUUGAUGCAACGCCAGGUAUUCCAGCAACAAAAUGAUCCAUGUGAAGUUCCUAGUGCCAAUUCUCUAGAUGUAAAUUCUGUGUACAUUGGUAGGGAACAGUUUCCUCAUAAUUCCAGCAAGUCCUCUGAUGUCCAGCCUCUACUGCAGUCAUCUGGGUUUACACCUCCCCUAUAUGCCACUGCAGCUUAUAUGACCUCAACAAAUCCAUUUUACACUAAUUUUCAGGCCUCAGGCAUGUAUACUCCACAAUAUGUUGGUGGGUACACUUUAAAUCCGACAGCUAUUCCUCCAUAUAUUACUGCAUACCCUCCUCAUGGUGCUGUACCAUUUGUUGUUGAUGGGGCUACUAGUUCCAGUUAUACUCCGCUAACACCAGGGGUUUCGACUGGAGGAAGUAUUUCGAAUCGAGCUGAAAUGGUACAUGCAAACAAGUUCCCUGGGCAAUUUGGAUUUCCUCUGCAGCCUUCUUUUGGUGAUCCUAUGUACAUGCAGUAUCAUCAGCAACCUUUUGUGGAGGGAUAUGGUAUUUCUAGUCAUUUUGAUCCAUUGGCACCUAGAGCAAGUGGUGGUAGCCUAAUUAGUCCCCUUGAUUCACAAAAAAGGCCCAGCAGCGGUGCUUAUUUGGAUGAUAAAAAUUUGCACGAUCAGAGAACUGGUGCUAAUAUGAACUCAAGAAGAGGUGGAUUAUUGAUCCCUAAUUAUUUUGGACAAAUGCCAAACAUGGGGGGAUUUGUAAUGCAGUAUCCAAGUUCACCACUUCCUAGUCCCGUUUCGUCAGGAUACCCAGAAGGAAGUCCUGGCCUUCCAGGAGUUAGGAACGAAAUAAAACUUUCCCCAGCUUCUGGUAGAAAUGGAGGCAUAUUUUCUGGAUGGCAAGGUCAGAGAUCCUUUGACAGUGCUCAUGACCCCAAGAUUGUUAGUUUUCUUGAAGAGUUAAAAUCUGGCAAAGGUCGCAGAUUUGAGCUAUCUGAUAUUAUUGGACAUAUUGUUGAAUUUAGUGCUGACCAGCAUGGGAGUCGAUUUAUACAACAGAAGUUGGAAAAUUGUGGUGUUGAAGAGAAGGCGUUGGUGUUCAAAGAGGUUCUUCCACAUGCUUCUAAAUUAAUGACUGAUGUAUUUGGUAACUAUGUAAUACAGAAGUUUUUUGAGCAUGGAAGCCCGGAGCAGAGGAGGGAACUGGCAAGUCGACUGGCUGGUCAGAUACUACCUUUAAGUUUGCAGAUGUAUGGCUGUCGUGUAAUCCAAAAGGCACUUGAGGUUAUUGAGCCUGAACAGAAAGCUCAGCUUGUUCGUGAGCUAGAUGGAAAUGUUAUGAGAUGUGUUCGUGACCAAAAUGGGAAUCAUGUAAUACAGAAGUGCAUUGAAUCUAUUCUGACCAAAAAAAUUGGCUUCAUACUAUCUGCAUUUCACGGUCAAGUUGCUAUUCUAUCAAUGCAUCCUUAUGGCUGUCGAGUCAUACAGAGAGUUCUAGAGCACUGUACAGAUGAGGUUCAAUGUCAGUUUAUUGUGGAUGAAAUUUUGGAGUCAGUUUGUGCUCUUGCUCAAGACCAGUAUGGUAAUUAUGUUACCCAGCAUGUGCUGGAGAGAGGAAAGCCUCAGGAAAGGAGCCAAAUUAUCAGCAAGCUGUCAGGACAUAUUGUUCAAUUCAGCCAGCAUAAGUUUGCUUCGAAUGUUGUGGAGAAAUGUUUGGAGUAUGGUGAUGCCACUGAACGGGAUUUGUUAAUUUCAGAGAUUAUUGAGCAUGAUGAACAAAAUGAUAAUUUGUUGACAAUGAUGAAAGACCAAUUUGCAAAUUAUGUUAUCCAGAAGGUUAUUGAUAUCUGUUCUGAAAGUCAGCGAGCAAUCUUGCUUUCUCACAUAAGAGUUCAUGCUCAUGCUUUGAAGAAAUACACUUACGGAAAACACAUUGUGGCUCGGUUGGAACAACAAUUUGGAGAUAAUCAAACACCUGGAUCAUGAUGAGAUAUACAUAAGAAACACAUGGGUCUCCAACAGUACUGCUGUGGCAUGCAAACCCUGCAGCUUCAACACAUGUUCAAUUGCUGAUCGCAGGAAAUAGCUGAGACAUUGAUCUUUGGGCCUGCUAAUGAAUGAACAGUUGACUUUCAUAUCUACGACUUGAUAGCUUCCACGUUGAUGGCUUCAGGAGACAUUAGUAUAUACAUCUAUAUUCUGAAACUUUAUAUGUAAUUAUGUCAUUCAAAAUGAUUGGUUCGGAAUGUUGUUGUUUGAGUAAUAAUUAUUUGGAAGAAAAUCCUUCCUGAUGUAAACUGUACUGGAUCCUGGAUCUUCCCUGCUUAGUGUGUGGUUGGUUUUCUUAGGGAUAUUGGCAGUCAAAGAUUCUUGAACUUAAUUAGAGUCCUUGUCUCCUGAACACCUGCUCCCUGGUCCUUGUGCUUGAAUGUUUUA